CUAUUAACUCCAUUUUCUCCUUCAUUUUCCCGGAAAAGAGAGACAAGAGAGACUGUUGUUCAAUGUUGAUGCAAUUCAUAGGCUAUUCCGAAGCUGCCAAGGAUCCGGAAAUGCAGGGGAUAUAUAGUAAUGCUUCGAGUUUAAACGCUAGACCGAGUAACUCAAGCACUCUGAACCAAACCAUGAAUGUUUCAAGACCGAGGAAGCGCAAAGAUUCAACCUUCUUACAAUCACCAUGGAACAAAGUCUAUCUGCAACCUUCAGAGUUAUGUCACAGCAUCAGUGUGUCAGAACAAGAGUGGGCCCUUGCGGCAAAUACACUCUGUGAGAAGGUAAUACUAUCUCUUAUACUAAUCACUUCUUCUUUUACCAAACAAUCUCUAUCUUCAAAUAAAGAGUUUUUUUUUUGUUGUUGUUGGUUGGUACCAUCUGAUGCUAAGAUCGAUCCAAAUGAGGUGGUCUCUUCUUCAAAGAAGAGGCUUGUUUUCUCCACAAAUCUUAUGCAACAACUUCUCCAACCAGCACCAACGUUUGUUUUCUCGGACAUCAAGUCAGCUUUCAACUACGAGAUUAUGCUUUACUUUGAGUCCAGAAUCACCCUCGCUGAUGCAUGUUCUCUCACGUGCCACUCGGAUUUUGAUAAGAGCACAAAUGAUCAGGAAAGAGGAUAUAGUGCACUUGUCAAAGCUUUCAUGGAGAAGUUGCAACACCUCGAAGAGGACUUCCAAAGCUGGGAGAGUGCCACAUCGAUAUUAGACAUCAUCUUAGAAAUCCAAGACAUUGAAAGAUUCUCGGUGAUAAACCGUCUGGCCAAGUUUCAUAGCCGUGCAAAGACCAAUACUAAAAGAUCAGUUCCUCAGAGAUACGUUGAAUUACAAAAGCCAGGGAACCUACCUGAGCCACUACAAUGUCUUCCUCUGUGAUCAUCAGGCUUUUUAGGGGGGAAGUAACUAUAGGGGAUGAUCUGGAAGAAAACCUUUAGUAUAUAGUUUUCAUUAUAUAAAUAUGUACCCUAUGGCCCAUUAUCUGUACUUUUUUUAAGACCUUGAUGUUUAUGUAAUGACUCUUUGACAUGCGUAUAGGGAAACUUUGGUAGAUGACUAUAUUGAAGAUAAAAAUGCGCAAAACUAUGGUGUACCUUAAAGU